UGAGGAGAGGAACCUAGAGAGAGAGACCAUAGAGAGACGAUCUCCUUAGAUUCUGCAACUCGACCAGUGGCGCCAAGCGGCCACACGAUCUUUUUUGUACGACACCAAGUCCCAUAAGGCUGCCACUCUUUAUAAGUACUUACUCGAUGAUAGUGACUUCUCCCGUAAGCCGUAAGCGGCAACCGUAAUGGCGAUGAUGCGAUGAUGGCGAUCGUUCGUAAAUUGCAAACGAGUUAUUAAACGUCUAGGAGAGAAAGUUCGAGGAUAACUUGUGUGCGAUACAUAUUCGCUCAAUUUCCAGACUUCGUAAACGUACGAUUAGUUGUUACGACACACAUUUUACAGUCGGAGUUUAGUUUCCAAUACCGACCUUGAUAAUGUUGGAACAAAACGAGCACGAACAUACUUCCGAGGAAACAGAGCACGAGAUAAACGCGGAGAAUAACAGUGAAGAACAAUUAAAAAGUAACAAUAAUACAGUGCAACAGGAUUUGGAGUUGCCAGACGACGAAGCCAGUCGUAGUCCUUGUCCUAGUGACGAACAGGAUGAAAGCAUUUGCAUAGUAUCUUCUGGAGAAGAUAGCAACCAUGCUUAUAACGAUGAGAACGAAGAUGAAUACACAGAUAGUGAAGAUAUGGAUGACAUGGAGAACUCAAAUGGAAUGUUAGAAAAUGAGGAAGCAGAGGAUGAUGAAAUUAGUGAUCCUUUGAGAAUAUACAAUGAGGAUAAUGAAAUAGAAUAUGAACAAGACAUGUUUGAUAGAGCAUCGGACGACUUUAUAUUAAACAACAGGCUAAGGCAUCACCACAAAGAGAGAAGUUUGUCAUUACAAGAUUUAAACAUUUCCAAACACAACCUUCACUCGCCGCAGAAGAAAAAAUGGCACAAUUAUUUAAACUUAAAAUUAAAUAAAAAUACAUUUAGAGAAGCAUAUUCUGCUAUGUACAAAAGGCAAAUUAUGUCACAUAAAAAUGACUACAUGGACAAUAAAAUGAUGAAUUAUCUAAGAGAUGUGAGGGAACAAAAUAAAAAUGUGAGAGAUGAGUAUAUGAAGGAACAAGAAUUAAUGAUUAAUAAAAGUAAAGGGAAUGAGGGUAAUAAUAUUCAACAAGUACGAACGAAGCUUAGAAAUCAGGCCACAGAGAACUGUGCAGAAGAAAUCAAUAAUGACUUGCAGCAAGAAGAAAUUGUAGACAGUAAUUUAAAUCCGAAUGCUUCACAGAUUUUUGGAAAUAAAACAUCUAAUGGCAUAAUUGAACAGCAAUACGAACAUAUUCAAGAAGCUACUGAAUACAGUAACACUUACAAUGUAAAACACGUGCAAAAUUGUGAUAAUAACAUUGGAAAACGAAAUGGAUCUCUCGACGUGAAUGCUCAUAUGAAUUGUAAUAAUGUAGAAACUGAUGCACAAACAAUUGAGAACUGUGACGCAAGUGUUUCGAAAAUUAUGAGCAUUAAAAACGUAGUGGCCUCCGAUGAACCAGAGAAUGUGAAUUCUGCGAAAAACAAGGCAGUCGACAGAUUAAACGCUGAGAUUGCCGAGUUAAAUACUCAAAUUCGACAAUUCCAUCAAAAAGCAGCGACGGAAGAUAUAAAAAUGAAACAAGAAUUGGAUUCGUUAAAAAAAUCGUUGGCAAAAUAUGAAGGUAAAAGUAAAGUGUGUGAAACAAAAGGUACUUUACAAACUGAAAUUAUUGCGAAUGCUUCUAAUAAAGAUACUGUAACUUCAGAAGAAAGAAAGAAUAUAAUAUCCAUUAGCAAUGUUGAAUCUGCAGUAAUUACUGCUGAUGAUUGGCCAGAGGCUACUUACGUUCCAGUCAGAUCUACCGAAUCAUCUGAGAUCAAUUUGAAUCGUACUUCUAGUAAUGGUGAUACCUUAAAAAAAACUGUAAACUCGGUGCUACGAACAUGUAUUAUGUCGUCUCCGUAUUCGGAAACGUUUUCAAAUGUAACGCAAGGUAAAACAAGAAUUGAGAAUCCUUCAGUCGGUAGCAUUAAGAAGGAAUUAAAUGGAAACAUCAUGGAAGAUCAAAGUCAAGAUCAUUCAUUGCAUAUGAAUUCAGCAAUCGGUGCAUCAAAUUCCAAGAAAAGGAAAGCAGUGGAAAUGCUUGACGAUUCUUCUUUUGCCCAGGUUUCAAAAAUAUCUCAUACUGAAAAAAAUAAUAUUAUUGAUGCAGCUGAUGUAGAGUUCAAAUACCCCGAGAUGCAUACAAAUUCGAAAAUUAAACAAGAAAUAAGUAAUGGAUCUAUUAAUAGGAAUCGCAAUGGUUCUAUACCUGUACAGAGUACAAUGGAACAUAUAGAUGAUAACGAGGAUAAUGUGAAAUGUUUCAUAUAUAGAGAUGAUAACAACAGUAAGAACAGGAGCUUUUUAAUUCAAACAGAGGAACCAGUAAAAGACUCAGGGAGUGAGAAACAUCGUAUCGAAGAAUGUGGCCCAUAUUUACUGGGUAAUCUUGAAAUAAGAAUGUCGAAAAUAAAUGGCGUAAUUAGUGUUUGGGGCAAAGAAGUAGAUAACGAAUCUAAAAGCGACAGUGAGGAUGACAUGGAAAUAUCUGUAAAACCAUCUACGAAGAAUACCUGUUGCUGCCAAAAUACAUGGCAAAAUAGAUUCAAUGGAGGAUCAUCUAUACAUUCACCUAGCAAAAAACAGAGAAUUCCAUCAAAAUUCAACAGAUCCAGUCAUUGUAAUUUAUCGUUAAAAUCGUCAACAUUCAUAAAUGAUAUGAACGAUCAACGAGAUAAACAAUGUUUUGGCCCAACGACGUCCUGUGGAAACUGCACUUCAUCACACUGUCAUAAAUAUGAAUGGGCAACGUGCAAAGAUGUUGCAGAUUCACAGAAACAAGUACAUUCCUCUUGUGUAUAUCAUACCGAACCUAUAGACCAAACAUGUGAUUGUAGUUCAUAUCAUGAAAAACUGGCAUUCGAUGUUAAUUCUAAGUGCUGUAGAGAUACGUUUCAUAGUGUAGGAGUACAAAGGCAUGGCUGCAAAAAUGUAUGCACGGCAAAAUCAUCUUUGAACAAUACUUGGGAUAAUAGUAAUCAAAAUGUUUCAUAUGAAGACGAAGAAGUUCCUUCCAUUCCACAUAGACGAGCUAAUGAAACUGCCGAAAUGAGACAACGAAGAUUAAGGCGUAAAAGAGUAGAAGGAGUGAUUAAGGGUCUUUUAGACGAAUAUGGGGAUUGCCAUGACAAUAGUGUUGCGAAUGAAAAUCGCAGUGAAACACAAAAUUCAUCUCAUAUAGUAAAUGAUCCUCCGGAAACUAAAAUUCCUCCUAAAUCUGAAUCUGUAUGUUCUAUGUCCAUACGAAGUGAUAACAGUUGCAGGUGUUGUCAUGGACAUAGACGUUCGCUCGUCAGAAUCGAGGAAUUACAAAUGGGGAUGGUCAGAAUAGAAUCGCAGUUAAACACGAUUGUAAAAAUGCUCAAUAAGCUUCACUACGUGGACAGGAACUAAAUAACAAGGCUUCUCUUGUUUCUCUGUACAGA